GCCAGUCCCGGGGCUGCAGGGAGCGCAGCGCGCGCGGCCCGGGCCCCGGCCACCGGACGCCCUACCGGACACGACCCUCCCUGGAGCUUGGACAACUGCCCACCUCGGACACUGCACCGGACACUGCCCCCCACAGGGCUGGACACUACAACGGACACUACUUCCCAGCUCCGGACAUUGCUCCCUCCUCCCCCCAACCCCAGCCCUGGACGCUUUUCCCCCUCCCCCUCCGGGGCUAGACACCGAGCCCCCUGCAGGCUCUGGCUAGCGUCCCCUUGCACCCCAGCGCCGGGCAUUGCCCUCUCCCUGUUGCUCUCUCCCUCCCUCUCCCACUCCCCCCGCCACCAGUUUUCCUAGCCCGGGUCUGAGCCGGGCCAGUUUCCCCGACCCCCUGCUGCUCUGCCGCGGCUGCACGCGCCCGCAUCCCCGGUCGCUAGCCCGGAUGCCUCUUCCCGGGGGAUUGUGGUGGCUCCUCUGCUGCCGUCGAGGCUUCACUCUUCUUCACCGGGACUACGGGGACGGCGAGCUUAGCGGGGAAGGGGACGAGGACGAGGACGAGGAGACCUUUGAGCUACGGACCCCGAGUCCAGCGGGCGGCGGGAGGGGCCCCCUGGACGUGACGCUUACUCAGCCAGGGAGAACUGGACCAGUCUCCGACAGGCUGCAGAGCUCAGAGGAGACACGGAGCCUCAUCCCGGAGAAGGGGCCGCCAGAGGACGACCCGGACGUUGUCGUGAAAGGUUGGCUGUACCGCGAGCCCCGCGGAGGAGGGGCGCGGCGGCCCUGGCUGCCUCCGCGCCGGGCCUGGUUCGUGCUCACCCGGGACUCCUUGGACCAGUUCAGCAGCAGUGGGAAGGGGGCGCGGCGCCUCGGGAGCCUGGUGCUUACCAGUCUGUGCUCCGUGACCGGCCCUGAGCGUAGGCCCAAGGAGACCGGUCUGUGGUCAGUGACCGUGUCUGGCCGGAAGCACAGCCUCCGUCUCUGCUCUCCGCGCCAGGCAGAGGCCGAGCGCUGGGGCGUGGCACUCAGAGAAGUGAUUGCUGCCAAGGCACCGUUGGAGACUCCCACCCAACUGCUGCUCAGGGACAUUCAGGAAAGUCGUGGGGACCCGGAGGCAGUGGCCCUCAUUUACCGACGGAACCCUAUUCUGAGGCACACGACUGGGGCCUUGUAUGCCCCACUCCUGCCCCUGCCCUACGGAGUGAACGCCCCAGGUCCGGGCUAUGCACCCUUGCGGGAGGAGGCAGUGAGGCUGUUCUUGGCGCUGCAGGCACUGGAGGGGGCGCGGCGCCCCGGGCCCCUGAUGCAGGGUGUGCUCCAGACCUGCCGGGACCUGCCCGCGCUCCGGGACGAACUCUUCCUGCAGCUGGCUAAGCAGACCUCGGGCCCCGCAGGGCCCCCCGGUCCACCGGCUGCCCAAGACCCCGCCGCCCUGCGGUACUGGCAGCUCCUCACCUGCAUGAGCUGCACCUUCCGGCCUGGAGGAGCUGUACGUGGCCACCUCCUGGGGCAUCUGGAGAGGACCGAGCAGGCGCUCCCAGAUUCGGAGUUGGCGGAAUAUGCGCGCUUCAUCCGGAGAGCGCUGGGCCGGACGCGCGGCCGAGAGCUGGUGCCGUCACUGGCGGAGAUUUCUGCGCUGAGCCGGCGGCAGGAGCUGCUGUGCACCGUGCACUGUCCCGGGGCCGGUGCCUGCCCGGUGGCCAUCGACUCCCACACCACAGCCGGGGAGGUGGCGCAAGAGCUAGUGGGGCGGCUGGGCUUGGCCCGGAGCCGCCACGCGUUCGCGCUGUAUGAGCAGCGAGGGGCACAGGAGCGAGCCCUGGCUGGUGGGACCCUCGUGGCCGACGUGCUCACCAGGUUUGAGAAUUUGGCGGCCGAGGAAGCCGGGCUGGAGGACUCGCUGGACUCCGGCUGGAGGCUGUGUCUGCGUCUUCAGGGACCUCUGCACCCUGAGGGGCUGUCCACAGACGGUCACGAACUGCCUUUCCUCUUUGAGCAGGCUCACGCUCUGUUGCUGCGCGGCCGGCCGCCCCCGCCCGACGACACUCUGCGCGCCCUGGCUGCGCUGCGCCUGCAGGGCCUGCACCGGGACUUUUCCCUGCGGGCGCCACUGCCGCGCCUGGAUCGCCUGCUGCCACCCCCGGCCCCGCCGCGUGAAGACCCGCCCCGCCCAGCCCCCAGGCCGCCCCCCUCCACCGCCCUGCUGGCCGGGGCACUCUGGAGCCCAGGCCUGGCCAAGAGGAGGGCGGAGCGGGCCUGGCGCGGCGGGGCCGGCCGCACAGCGGGAAUCACGGCCCGCGAAGGAGGAGGCGGCGCCGGCACGGCGGCUGCUGUGCUGGGCGGCUGGAAGCGGCUGCGGGGCAUGGGCCGAGCUGAGGCCAUGGCUGCCUACCUGGCUCUGGCGGCGCAGUGUCCGGGGUUCGGCGCUGCUCGGUAUGACGUUCUGGAGCUGAGCACGGAGCCUGGUGGGGGUGCUCCACAGAAGUUAUGCCUGGGCCUGGGAGCCAAGGCCAUGUCCCUCUCCCGACCUGGUGAGACAGAGCCCAUCCACAGUGUCAGCUAUGGCCAUGUGGCCGCCUGCCAGCUAAUGGGGCCCCAUACCCUGGCAUUGAGGGUAGGAGAGAGCCAGCUCCUUCUGCAGAGCCCCCAGGUGGAAGAGAUUGUGCAGCUGGUAAAUGCCUACUUGGCCAGCCCCUCCCCUGAGAGGCCCUGCAGCAGCCCUUCUCCUCCAUGCCAAGACCUGCCAGACAUCUCCCCUCCCAGCCAGCACCCGGGCCUGGACGAGCCCCAGGGACAGUCUGGCUGUUUGGGGCAGCUGCAGGACUGAGCUUGCCAAGGGUCAUGACCUCCUUCCUGCCUCCAGCCUGGUCCUGGACUGCUCUGAGACUUGAGGAAACCAUGGACCCUUUUGGCCCUGCAGGGACAGGGCAUACCCUACACCCAAGGGCUGCAAUGGGUGCAGAGAAUUUUCUAGUUUGUUUCUUAAUUUAUUUGUAGAAGAGAAGCAAAAAAAAAAUCCUUAUUUACACAAAACCUUCCUGUGGGAGUGUUUUUCGUGGGACGAGUUGGAGCCCCACAGCUCAGAGCUCCACCCUUAGGGAUGCCCACACUCUGGGCUUUUCCAGACACAGAGGGGAGUCUGGACACCACAGGGCUCCACCCUCCUUGACCUCCUGACUUGAACUUCUACCUGGCCAGUUGGCUUGUUGCAGGGUGGUGGGUGGGGCAGGCAAGAAGGCAGCUUUGGAAGCUGACAAUUACUCACCCUUCCUUCUCCAUUGGGUGGGGUAGGGGUGGCCUCCUGGCAUCCCUGAGACCAGAGGACAGUGAGUCAUCAAGAUUGGCACUGCCCAGUUCCCACCCUGGUGUCCAGCCUCGGGGCCCUGUUUGAGUCCACCUUUGGUGUGCCUACUGCUUUGGGCCUAGAACAGAGGGAAGAAGCUUGGGGCAGGAUAUAUGUCUAAUGACUUCUCAGGCUGGGUUCAGCCCUACUCCUGAGUUCUGUUCCUGCUUAUCAGGUUAGGUUGAGUUGGGUUGUGCUUCUGGGGUUCUGAUGGUUCUGGGCACAGGAGUUUAGGUGCUGAGAAGACAGAAGACCUUAGUAAUUCUCUGUAAUCUUGAGAAUAGGGUUGAUUCCUGUCAAACGGCCUAGUCCAAGGCGAGGGAUGACAAUGGAAACAGUAGAUACAUUAAGACUUGGACUAACUUGUAAAAAAUUAGAGCAGGCAAAGUCUACCCUACCUUCAUAUGCCUCAUAACUGGGAGAGAACAUGAAGAUUCUUUCACCGUCCCCCUUCUUCGAAGACUAACCUGCCAUUGAGCCGAUUCUGACUCAUAGCAACCCUACAGGACACAGUAGAACUGCCCUAUAGGGUUUCCAAGGCUGUAAUCUUUAUAGAAGCAGAAUGCCACAUCCUUCUCCCACAGAGAAGCUGGUGGGUUCAAACUGCUGACCUUUCAGUUAGCAGCUAAGUGCUUAAACACUGCACCAUCAGGGCUCCUUCAAAUACUUUGCCCUGACUGUAUUCACUACCAGGGU